AUGCUGGAGUCAUCUGCAGUGGCCUUUCAUGAGGGGCGAGUACGUUUGUCUGGAGGGAGGGAGUGUGAGGGGCAGGUUGAGGUUUACUUCAUCCAGGACUGGAGGAGAGUUCUCCUGGACUCCUCCCACAGCUCCAUCAGACUGGUUGGUUCUGGGGGAGACUGUGCAGGAAGGCUGGAGGUUUUCCACAAUGGCUCUUGGGGGACAGUGUGUGAUGACUCAUGGGAUAUUGAGGAUGCUCAGGUGGUGUGCAGGCAGCUGCAGUGUGGAGUGGCCCUCAGUGCCCAUGUACCAGCCUGGUUUGCUCAUGGAACUGGGCCCAUAUGGCUGAAUGAGGUGCAGUGUGAAGGGAACGAGACGUCCAUUUGGAACUGCAGGUAUCAACUCUGUGGAGAACAUGAGUGUGGACAUAAAGAGGAUGUAGGAGUGGUGUGUUCAGAGUUUAAAGAGAUCAGACUUACAGAGGGCUGUGAAGGAAAUCUGGAAGUGUUCUACAAUGGAACCUGGGGGAAUGUGUGUGAAAAUAGAAUAGAUGAAGAAACAGCAACUUUAAUCUGUCAAGAGCUGAACUGCGGAACAUCUGGCAGUGAGAAUAGUAACAAACCAAGAGUGGAAUCAUCUCCUGACUGGCUGGAUGAUCUAAAAUGCAGGAAACAUGACUCCACUCUGUGGCACUGCCCAUCUUCCUCCUGGGGGAAAGAAACAUGCAGUUCACGUGUGGCUCGCAUUACCUGCACAGAAAAGGAAAAUAUUCAGGUGCAGCGAAGCCAUCUGAAGUGCUCCUCAUCUUCCUACCAGAGACAGUGCUCAAAUCACAUGCCUCUCAGGCUGAGGGGAGCAGAGAGAAGCUGCUCUGGGAGGCUGGAGGUUUACCAUAACGCUGUGUGGGGCUCCAUCUGUGAUGAUCAGUGGGACAUCAGGGAUGCUGAGGUGGUCUGCAGACAGCUGGGCUGUGGGAAGGCACUGAGGGCUGAUGGGAGUGCUGCCUUUGGUGCUGGUGAAGGGGUGAUCUGGCUGAACAGAGUGAAGUGCAGAGGGGAUGAGAUUCACCUGUGGGACUGCAGUUAUUCUCUGAAGAAACACACUGACUGCUCCCACAUAGAGGAUGCUGGAGUCACCUGUGCAGACCCUUAUGUGUCUCCUACUACUGCACCCAGAACAACCACAAGCACCUCCACCAUUACAGAUGCUCAGAAGACAACCAGUCCUCUACAAACUACAUCAGCAGCUGUUCCGUGCACCACCCCUACAGUGGUCCUGAUGGUACUGGGAGUGUUGCUCUUCCUGGUCUUAGUGCUUCUCUCUGGGCUGGUUUACCAGAACAGAGUGCUCAGGAGAGUGAUCUCUAAGAGAAGGCGUAAGACUCUGCCUGAGGCAGUCUAUGAGGAGAUUGACCGCAGAUACAUCAAUAAAAGAACCCGUGUCUCCACUCGAAGGGGAAGUGUCCUUUCUGAAUCCCAGCAUUCAGGAUAUGAGGAUGUGGAUCAGGCGUUUGUCUCAGGAAAGUCUGUGACUGUGGACCAGCCUGAGUAUUACGAUGAUGUCACCACCACUGGUGACCUCAUAAGUGACAUAGAAAGAGAGGACAUACCAGAGAACUACGAUGAUGUCAUCACUGCUGGGCCCAGCCCUGAUAUUGUAGCAGAGGACGUAUCUGAGAAUUAUGAUGACGUCAUUACUGAUGAUCAGAACGCUGCUGUUGUGACAGAGGAGAUGACAGAGAACUAUGAUGACGUUAUUACCACUGGACUAAACCCAAACAUUACAGCGAUGGCCACACCAGAAGACUGUAAUGAUGCUGGAACAAACCCAAAUGUUACAGAAAUGGACACACCAGAGAACAGUGAUGACAUCAUCACUGCUGGACAGGACGUAGGAGGUGUAAAUGACUAUGAGGACAUGAAGGAGGAGCCUCAGAAAGAGAUAAAUCACAUGACCAAGAGACCACACCAAGCGCCUUUCCUCAGGAAAUUACAUUUGAACUUCUUCAAACUCAAAAAAUGAUUUCUUUUCACAAUAUGGAACAUUUUAUACGACAUUGUUUAUUUCAGCUUUCAGCUGGACUCACACCCAGGUAUAAAAAUACCAAAGUUUCUUUCGCAGCCAUGCGUCACCAAUUGUUUCUCAACAUUUUUAAAAAUGGUAAUAUGUAGUACACAAUCAAAGCUGAAAAGCUUUAU